CCCCCAGGUCCUGCAGGCUGAUGUCAUUGUGCUGGCCAGCGCAGGACGGGCGAGCGUACCCCCCGCGUGGGUGCGGCCCGGGGCAGCUGUCAUAAACUGCGGCCCUGCUCUAGUGUCAGAGGAGCUCGGGGCAGCGGGUACGGCGGUGGAGAUGUCCGUGGCGCCGGGCGUGGGAUCUUUGGCCGCGGCGUUGAGGAUCCAGAAUGUGGUGAAGAGCAGCCGCAGGUGGAUGCAGGAGCAGCAGUACCGGCCGUGGACCCUGCGCAGCCUCAAACUGCAGCCUCUCUCACCUGUGCCCAGCGACAUCGAGAUUUCGCGGGGCCAGACGCCGAAGGCCAUCGACCUGCUCGCCAGGGAGAUCGGCCUGCUGUCGGACGAGCUGGAAGCCUACGGCCGCGCCAAGGCCAAGGUGCGCCUGUCCCUCCUGCACCGGCUGAGAGCACAGCCUGAUGGGAAAUAUGUGCUGGUGGCCGGGAUAACCCCCACCCCUCUGGGAGAGGGGAAGAGCACGGUCACCAUCGGGCUGGUCCAGGCCCUGACGGCCCACCUCAAGCUCAGCUCCUUCGCCUGUCUGCGACAGCCCUCCCAGGGGCCCACUUUUGGGGUCAAAGGGGGUGCGGCCGGAGGGGGUUACGCCCAGGUCAUCCCCAUGGAGGAGACCCAGUUCGACAUCGCCGUCGCCAGCGAGAUCAUGGCCAUCCUGGCUCUGACCGACGGGCUGGCCGACAUGAAGGAGAGGCUCGGCCGCAUGGUGGUGGGGACCAGCCGGACGGGACGGCCCGUCACCGCGGACGACCUGGGUGUGACCGGGGCUCUCGCCGUGCUGAUGAAGGACGCCAUCAAACCCACGCUGAUGCAGACGCUCGAGGGCACGCCAGUGUUCGUCCACGCCGGCCCCUUCGCCAACAUCGCCCACGGCAACUCGUCCGUCCUGGCCGACAAGCUGGCUCUGAAGCUGGUGGGGGAGGAAGGCUUCGUAGUGACUGAAGCGGGGUUCGGGGCUGAUAUCGGGAUGGAGAAGUUCUUCAACAUUAAGUGCCGCGCCUCCGGCCUGCGGCCCCAUGUGGUGGUGCUGGUGGCCACCGUGCGGGCCCUGAAGAUGCACGGGGGGGGCCCCAGCGUUAGUGCGGGAUCGCCUCUGCCCAGAGAAUACAUCGAUGAGAACCUGAAGUUAGUGGAGGACGGCUGCAGCAACCUGAAGAAGCAGAUCCAGAUCGCCCAUCUUUUCGGGGUUCCCGUGGUCGUGGCGCUGAACGUGUUUAAGACGGACACCGAGGCCGAGGUGGACCUGGUGUGCCGGAUCGCUAAGGAUUGUGGGGCGCAGGACGCGGUGGCGUGCCACCAUUGGGCGCAGGGCGGCAGGGGCUCGGUGGAGCUGGCCAAGGCCGUUAAAAACGCCGCGCAGCAGCCGAGCCACUUCCAGUUCCUGUACGACCUGCAGAUGCCCAUUGUGGAGAAGAUACGCACCAUCGCGCAGAAGGUCUACGGAGCUGAAGACAUCGAGCUGUCCCCUGAGGCUGAAGCCAAGAUCGCCUACUUCAAUGAGCAAGGGUUCAGCACUCUGCCCAUCUGCAUGGCGAAGACGCACCUGUCCCUCUCUCACAUGCCGGACAAAAAGGGCGUGCCCACCGGCUUCGUCCUGCCCAUCCGGGACGUGCGCGCCAGCAUCGGGGCGGGGUUCAUCUACCCCCUGGUCGGGACGAUGAGUACUAUGCCAGGCCUGCCCACCCGGCCCUGCUUUUAUGACAUCGACCUGGACCCUGACACAGAGGAGAUCACUGGGCUCUUCUGAGAGGACCCCCCCUCCCCUCCACAUUGCUAUAGUUACGCAGAUUCACCCCCUCACCUGGUCAGCUACUCACCUGCAGGAAGACUCCGGGGGGGGGGGCGUCGGAACCCGAGACCGUCACCGCAGAGAUGCAGAAACCGUUUUUCCGGCAUUUUAAAAAUUCACCCCAUUCACAGGACGGCCGUUUCUCCACUUCUCACUGUAAAAACACAACCCUGUCAGAUAAUCACCUCUACAUGCCUGUCAGCUCUAAGGUUACUGCCAUGUUCCGCUGGGCUUCCGUGGCUAUUCAAACAGCAGGGGGAAUUUUCCUCUGUGACACCUUAAAGACCAAAGAAAACAUGCCAUAACCCAGCAACAAUCAGGCAUUGAGGAGUGGAGAAAACAAUGCGUGCUUUCUCAGACAUUUUCUUUUCAUUUUCCUGACUGUUUGUCCUCGCUUACUGUGGGCCAGGACUCAGGCCUAGCUAAGCCAUUUAUUUUAUAUAUUUUAAUACUUUUAUCUCAUAUUUUGUUCAUCCUGUAUGCGGACGACAAACAUGGUUAAUGAAGCGUUCGUCCUAAUCUACUGAAGUCUUAUUAGUGUUGCGCACAAAAGAUUAAUAUAAGUGCAUUCAUGUUGGACUGUGUAUAUAUACGCACACACACACAAACACUCACACACACUCAAGAUUACAUGCCUAUCGCUAGGUACAUCUUAAGACACUAUAAUUACUACUGAAUCGUUUGGUCACAGCGAAGCAGUCGUUUAAAAAACACGCGCAGAAAAUCCUCAGUUGUUUCGGUGAAAACCCCUCGGUCCUUCACUCGGUAUUUUGUCACAGGUCACCUUAAUCAUCGGUGUCUGAAACACAAAACACCAAUUUGUGGCGCAGUGUUUAAAAAGAAAAAAACGUCUUUUUUUAAGUUUAGUUUCCUGAGAUACCGUCGUUCACACGUUGUGCGCGAGUCCCCCGGGGGGCAGCAAUAACCCGGAAUGUGAAAAACAAGGGCAGAGUCGUGGUGGUGAGGAGACCGCGGCGCGCUGCUGCCUGUCAUUAACGGAUGUUUUUUUUUUCGGCUUCCACGGACCCUUGCCCGUACACGCGCUCAUUUUUGACAUUCCGUCGCUGCUCCGUCCAUUAGCAAAUGUUUGCUUAAGUACAGUGUAUGACACAAGACCGGGGCGUUUGCGCGUUUAGCUAGCGCUGGUGGUCGAAGACAAUGUGCGCUGAAUGUGUGGUCAGAGCAUUUCACCUUUAUUUUCUGCAAUACCCGUCGUGGAUUAUAGGCUAAGAGGCAAGUGGAACAGCAUUAAUUCAACAGAUUCUGUUAUUGCACUGAAUACUAGUGUGUUUAAACUACUUCGUGUGUACAUCUUUUCAUUAUUGUUCCAAGUCCUGAAAUGUUUACAAACCUAUGAUGUCAUCUUUUCAGUAAAAAUUGUGAAGCUUAUAACAUAACAUAACAUAACAUAAUGACGAGAACAAGCCAUUCAGCACAACAAAACUCACCAUUUUCAUGUCGUGACAGCAACCUUUGUCAGUUUACAGCACCGAUUUACAAGAGGUAAGCUGUCAGGACAUAGCCGGCCUUAAAUAUUUUAGGGAUCGCUUAUCCUCAAACUAAGCAUGUUCUCAUUCAGUACCAAGGACAGAUCCCAAAUAUUAUUUUUGUUCAACUUAUUUCUUGAUGCAGCAAAAAGGUGAUCAUUUUUCACUGUGUUCAAAAUCUGUUUGUUUUUUUAUCUCCCCCGCAUUGUUACACUUACCAUGAUCCCAAUGUGAAUGAUGGUCGGUUAUUGAGUGUAUUGUGUAAUGCAGCACCAGUUGCCAUGGCUCCUAAUAAAAAUAACUUGGAAAACCUUUUACAGAC